AUGUCUUCCACUCCAGCUCUCUUCAGCCCCAUCAAAGUCGGCCGCAUGGACCUUCAGCACCGUAUCGUCCACCCGGCAUGCACCCGCUGCCGCUCGACCCCCACCAACACCCCAACGGACUUGAUGGCGACGUACAUGUCUGAACGCGCUACGCCCGGCGCGUUCUUCAUCGGUGAGGCUACUGUCAUUGCUGAGCGUGCUGGCGGGUUCCCGUUCGGUGUACCGGGGAUCUGGAGGGAGGACCAGAUUGAAGGGUGGAAGAAGGUGGUCGAUGCAGUUCACGCCAAGGGCGGGUAUAUCUACCUUCAGCUUGUGGCCUUCGGCCGUAUGGCCAUGCCCGCCGUCCUCGGUGCCCAUCCCUACGUCGGCGCGUCAGCCAUCCCUCAGCCCGGUCGUCCCGACACCGAUCCCGCUCCUCGUCCUCUGACCGUCGACGAGAUUAAAGAGUACAUCAAGGACUUCGCCACGGCUGCGCGUAACGCCGUCGAAGGAGCCGGUUUCGACGGUGUCGAGAUCCACGCGGCGCAUGGGUUCUUGAUCGAGCAGUUCUUGAAGGACUCGUCGAAUGACCGUACCGAUGCUUACGGUGGUUCGCCGGAGAACAUGUCGAGGUUUGCGGUGGAGGUUGUCGAUGCUGUUGCCGAGGCUGUCGGCGAGGAUCGCGUUGGGAUCAGGUUCUCGCCGUGGCCUACGAGCAUGAACACGAACACGACCGACCCAACUCCGGUGUACACCCACCUCCUCAAGAUCCUCGCCUCGCAGCACCCCAAGCUCUCCUACGUGCACUUCAUCGAGCCUCGCGUCGAUAACGAGCAGCCGCGCGAGGUCAAGCCCGGCGAGUCGAACGACGCGUUCCGCGAGGCGUGGGGCGCCGACAAGCCGUUCAUCUCCGCAGGAGGGUUCACCCGCGAGACGGCGCUCGAGCUCACGGAGAAGAGGAGCAACGCGCUCGUAUCCUUUGGCAGGUGGUACACCUCGAACCCGGACCUUCCGGAGCGUCUGAGGCUCGAUAAGCCGCUUACGCCCUACCAGCGUCCCUUCUUCUAUGCCCCGAGCGCUGAGGGAUACAUCGGCUUCAAGAAGUGGGACCAGGAGUAG